GUUUAUCUUUGCACAGAUUGCUGGUCGAAGCAAACGGCUCAUCGGACGCAACGUCUUGCUCGAGGUGGAGCGCGUCAUGAAAAGACCAACAUUUCCUUGGCUAGAAAGAUAAACAACGUAUUAGCACCUACUAGCGAUCCUCAGGAGUUAACACAGAUGCACGAAGACGACGCGCAAACCUCUUGGUUUGGUAUCCAACGACCGUUAGACGGCAACACCCCCACCUUUAUGGAUUAUGGUCGAUUUGCCCAUCUUCUCUCGACCACAGUGGAAGAAUGGUCUUCUAGCUUUCAGCAUAUACAGUCCAGUAGAGACAAUCGAACACCCAGCCUCGUAUCAUUUGUUGGACAGACUGGACAUGGGAAAAGUACCCUAAUCAAACUCCUGAUUGACCUACAUGUUGUUGAUGGCCAAACCUUCUGUACCCCUGUAGUCGGUGCUCCAGGCGUCACCGAUCCCACAUCCGAGGAUGUUCAUCUCUACUCGGAUCCAGUAACGGCAGUGUGCGAAGCUCCCAUCUUUUUUGCUGACUGCGAAGGCCUUCUUGGAGGGGAAAGAGAGCCUAUAAGUGCGAAACUCAAGCGAACACUCCACAAGGCUGCAAAGUCGACUUCUCUACCUACUCCUAUCUCCGAGCGUGAGCUAGCCUGGGCGGACAGUACUAGUCUUCGCAGCAGGCAGUUCGCAGUGACAAACCUAUACCCACGCCUACUGUACACGUUCUCUGAUGUCAUCGUCUUCGUGUUGAAGAAUCCACGAGCUAUCGAGGACGUGCUGGAACAUUUAGUCAACUGGGCCGAUGCAGCACUAGAGAUGUCCUCCAACCAACCUGUCCUUCCACAUGUGAUUAUCGCGCUCAAUGCGUCCGAGAACAAUAUCGACGAGACGCUAUGGGAUCCAGACAUUGCUACGUCUGCAAUCCUUGAGUCGAUGUCACGCACGGUUUUUCGUAAUACUACAUUUAAGAAGUAUGCCCAGUUUUGGAGAGAGCGCAAGCGACAAAUCGAGACCGUGGAGCAACUAAUACGAUCAUAUUAUAGCUCUAUCAAAGUAGUCCGCAUCCCUGAACAAGGACGGCCACAGCUCAUCCAGACCCAAAUCAGAAGAUUGUAUGCGGGCAUCUCUUCUGCUUGCGAGAAAGCUAGAAAUCGCAAGGCCGAAGUCCGCAUGUUACUAGACGCUGAGGAGCUACAGUCGUAUCUACAAAGCGCAUUCGAUCACUUCGCCCGAUCACUGGAUCACCCAUUCGACUUUGUCCAAGCUUCAUUCUCCAAUAGCCCAAUCCCCCUCGACUUUGGUGGUAAUAUUCUCAAGCUCGCAAUCAACCUCAUGCGUGUGUGGGAAAACCAAAUAGAUAUUGAGGUUAUAUUCCAGGAACUUAGCUACAUGGUGGCUUCUUGCAUCAUGCUUGACUCUGCACGCAAGAAAAAUUUAGGCGUGGCGAGGGAUAUAUUCCCACAGUAUCUAGAACAUCUAGAUGCUGCCUUAGAGAACUUCUGCGAAAGCCAUUGGCCCUGCGAAUAUGUAGAGUCCGAUAGUCACUUAAGAUGCGUCAAUGUUAAAAGCGGCCACGGAGAGAAAGGCCAUCAAAACGCAAGCGGCAAGAUCUUUGCUGAUGGCGCAUAUGAGUCACGGCGAACAUUCGAUACACUGCAAGAAGAGUUCGCAAACAACUGUUUCUUUCGUCUUCAGGAACUACUGGACCUCCUUCGACAGAAAAGGAACGCAAGAAAUGAUGAGAUCCAGGUUGCGGCUGAAAUCCACCGGGAUGAUGUGAUGGCUUGGUUCUACCGCCAUGUUUCGGGCGAUGGAAGACCAGGGCGAUAUAACAGUCAUUCGGUUUGCUUUUGCUGCUUGUUAAGGCCUCCUGAACAUGCGCUUCCAUGCGGGCAUGUAUUGUGCACGCAAUGCAUUAUGAUCUAUGGUCAUCCGCGGCCAGGUAGUAGGACCGAGAUCCAGAUUGAAUAUUGCCCGUUAGAAGUGCAGACUGUGCGAGCAUCCCAGCCAUGGAGAGUCCAUCUCAAACCGGAUGCAGCUGGAGUCCGCAUUUUGACAUUGGAUGGGGGUGGCAUUCGAGGUAUUGUCGAACUGGAAAUUCUUCAAAGCUUGGAGAAGGAACUGAACGGUAGGAACGGGAGGUUGCGCAUUCAAAGCUUCUUCGACCUUGUGGUCGGUACCAGUACGGGAGGAUUGAUAGCCCUUGGGCUAGUAGCACGUAAUUGGUCUGUGGGUAACUGCAUCGAAAGCUUCAAGGAGCUAUGUCAGAAGGCUUUUACACGACGCACUGGAAGCAACAUUCCGCUUUUUGGAUUCUUGGUUGACAGUUACAACCAUUCAAAAUACGAAACUACUCCUCUGCACGAAGCUUUGCAGGUCGCAUUCUCCAACGAUCAGUAUCUUUUCGGAGGUCAACGGUACGAUCAGAACUGGAUCUCACCGGUGAAGGUUGCGGUGACUACAACACUCUCUUCUACUUCACCGGUUCUGCUUGCGAACUAUAAUCGUCGAUGUGAUGAUAAAUUAUCUUACCAGUUCCAGCGCGCGGAAGGUGUGGACACAGAAUUGAAGACAUGGGAAGCCGCUCGAGCUACAUCAGCAGCACCUCGCUAUUUCAAACCGUUCCAUCACGAAAGCUCGAAACAAACAUACUUAGACGGUGCACUCUAUUACAACAACCCGAUCGGAGUAGCGGAUAGCGAAUGGAAACUCAUAUGGGGAUCGAAUCUGUGCUCGCAUCCUGACAUUGUGCUCUCACUUGGAACCGGAUAUGACCCACAAAAGCGUGAACGACCACAACGAAGCUCUGCGGUUCGACGAGGAAUAUUCCGUAACGGGAAAUUCCUUCUGAAGAUAGCAGCCGAUCACCUCCAGGAUGCUUUGGAUUGCGAAAAGACAUGGCAAGAAUAUACUAGACGCCUCCCGGAAGAGGUUUCACGAUCACGGUUUGUACGCUACAGCCCGCAGCUGAUCAAAGACCUCCCCGCUUUGGACGAUGUACACCGUCUCGAUUCACUCCAAGAAAUGGUAAGAGGCUUUCUAUCGGAAGAUGCUGUUAAAUUUCGGCGUCUAGCUAUGCAACUCAUAGCAACCAGCUUCUACUUUGAGACGGAGAAGGUGGAACAGCUUGCGCUAAAUACAGCAACAAUUACAGGUAAAGUAGGAUUCGUCGUGCUUUGA